UAACGAAGGUCGGGGGUCAAAAGAAAAUGGCGGCACAGAUGAACUUGUUUCGGUCGGGUCGUCAGUUGUCUGUGUUUUUGACACCACAGAAGCUUUUACCCUGCGCUAGCUGCCUUUGGAGAAGUGCUUCAACAACAAGACAAUCACAUGGACAGUACUGCAUGGAUUUAGUGAGAAAGCAUGACUACGAGAACUACCUCUGUGUGCUGCUCCUCCCCAGCACUGCACAUCAGGCUGCGUUUGCAGUUAGGGCCUUCAACGUGGAACUGGCAUUGGUCAGAGACUCAGUAACAGACAAGAACAUAGGAAAGAUGAGGAUGCAGUUCUGGAAGGAUACUCUGUCAGACAUUUAUCGGGAAAGACCUCCACAGCAGCCAGUAGCUCAAGAACUUGCCAAGGUAGGUCUUCAUGAACGAACUUCUCUUGUUUCAACUUCCACAGGUAUCAAAGAUGUACAUGCAGACCAUGCUGCUAGUCAUAUUGGUAAAGCCAUUGGCAUCUGUACAGCACUGAGAGCUGCACCCUACCUGGCCAAUAGGAGGAGAGUCUUUCUGCCAAUGGAUGUUAUGAUGCAGUUUGGAGUUUCCCAAGAGGACAUAGUGAGGGGGAAGCAGGACCAGAAAGUGAAGGAUGUGAUGUAUGAGAUAGCCAGUCUGUCUCACUCACAUCUGGAGAAAGCAAGGUCAUUGAAGAAAGAUGUACCCAGAAAAGCCAUGUCAGCCUUCCUUCCUGCACUUUCUUGCGACUCCUACUUGAAGAAGAUACAAAAAGCAGACUUCAACGUUUUUGACUCAUCGUUACACCAAAGAGAUACCCUUCUACCACUUCAUCUACUGCUGCAGAAACUGAGAAGGAUGUUCUGAUCUUUGAUAUGAUGAUAAAAAAAUUU